ACUCUCCAUCAACAUGUCCGAAAACGCCCAAGGGUCUACCCCAGAAAGCUUGUCUAAUGACAUGCAGAACGCUUCCAUUAGCACUCCUGGGAACAGGUUUGACAGUGCCAAGGCACCAGUUUUCACUCCAGGUGCCUCUUUCACUCCAGGCGAGCCAGCGGCCUUCGUCCCGGGCCAGGGCCAGUACACCAACUACAACCAAGGGUACAAUGCCCAGCAGGGAUACAAUUCUAAUCAGGGCGGCUACAAGAACUACAACCAAGGCCAAGGCUACAACAACUACAACCAGGGCCAACAGGGCGGAUACAAGAACUACAACCAGGGCCAACAGGGCGGGUACAACAACUACCAGCAGGGGUACAACCAGCAACAAGGAUACAACCAGCAACAGGGGUACAACAACUACAACCAGCAACAGGGGUAUAACAACAACCGUGGGUACAACCAAGGCGGGUACACCAAUUACAACCAGCAGCAGCCACAACAGGGUGGUGCUAUGUCCUUGGAGGAUUACAAGAAGCAGCAGCAGGCCUCACUCAACUCUUUGAACAAGCCAAUCAAGAAGACCGUGUUAAAGUUGGACGCGUCCUCCGGGAUCAAGCUCGCCAACGCAACCAAGCCGGCCGAGAAGAAGGAGGAGUCCCCAAAGGAGGAAGCGAAGGAAGCUGCAGUCGAAAAGGAGGAGGUUAAGGUAGCUAAGGAAGCCAAGAUUGCUCCUCCUGCUGCUACCGCGGCUCCGGCCGCUGCCGUCGCCCCAGCCGCUGCCGUCGCCCCAGCCGCUGCCGUCGCCCCAGCCGCUGCCGUCUCCGCGUCCCCAGCUGUUUCCGCCCUUCCAUCAAAGGCGUCCACCCCAGUUGCCUCUGUCGACGCGCUCAUCAAGGAACAGGAAGAUGAAGUUGACGUGGAAGUUGUCAACGACAUGUUCGGCGGUAAGGACCACGUUUCUAUCAUCUUCAUGGGCCACGUCGAUGCGGGUAAGUCCACCAUGGGUGGUAACAUUCUCUAUCUCACCGGCUCCGUCGACAAGAGAACCGUCGACAAGUACGAGCGUGAGGCUAAGGAGGCUGGUAGACAGGGCUGGUACCUUUCCUGGGUCAUGGACACCAACAAGGAGGAGAGAAACGACGGUAAGACCAUCGAGGUGGGGAAGGCGUACUUCGAGACCGAAAAGAGACGUUACACGCUUUUGGACGCGCCUGGCCACAAGAUGUACGUUUCCGAAAUGAUCGGGGGUGCGUCUCAGGCAGAUAUCGGGAUUCUCGUCAUCUCAGCCAGAAAGGGUGAAUAUGAGACCGGGUUCGAGAAGGGUGGCCAGACUCGUGAGCACGCAUUGUUGGCCAAGACCCAGGGCGUGAACAAGAUUAUCGUGGCGAUCAACAAGAUGGAUGACGUGACUGUAGCUUGGUCCAAGGAACGCUACGAUGAGUGUUGCUCCAAGUUGGGUCAAUACCUCAGAGGUAUUGGCUACGCCAAGGACGAUAUCAUCUUUAUGCCUGUGUCUGGGUACACCGGUGCCGGGUUGAAGGAGCGCGUGUCGCCAGAGGAGUGCCCAUGGUACUCGGGCCCAGCGCUCUUGGAGUACUUGGACACCAUGAAGACCCUUGACAGACACAUUAACGCGCCGUUCAUGUUGCCGAUUGCGGGCAAGAUGAAGGAUAUGGGGACCAUUGUUGAGGGUAAGAUCGAGUCGGGACACGUGAAGAAGGGUCAGAACUUGGUGGUCAUGCCAAACAAGACCACUAUCGAGGUGUUGUCCAUCUUCAACGAGACCGAGCAGGAGUGUGACAUCGCAUACUGUGGUGAGCAGGUCAGAAUGAAGUUGAGGGGGAUCGAGGAAGAAGACUUGUCCCAGGGCUACGUCUUGACUUCGGUGAAGAACCCAGUCAAGACCGUCACCAGAUUCGAGGCCCAGGUCGCCAUGGUUGAGUUGAAGUCCAUUUUGUCCAACGGUUUCUCGUGUGUUAUGCACGUGCACACGGCCAUUGAGGAGGUCACUUUCGUCGAAUUGAAGCACAAGUUGGAGAAGGGGACUAACAGAAAAUCCAAGAAGCCUCCUGCUUUUGCCAAGAAGGGGAUGAAGAUCAUUGCCAUCUUGGAGACUACCGAGCCGGUCUGUAUGGAGACCUACGCCGAAUACCCGCAGAUGGGGAGAUUCACCUUGAGAGACCAGGGUACCACCAUUGCCAUUGGUAAAAUCACCAAGUUAUUGUAAGGGGUUUGUAUAUUUAAUCGCGAUGCGAAGAUGAAAUAAUGAGGCGCAAUGUAGUAGCGGAAGUACGAAAGAGAAAUUAAGCUGAAAAUGAUAAAUGCAGCGAAAUUCAACCGAUAAUGGGCUGGAGGUGGGCAUGAAAAGGA